GUAUAUCUCUCGGUUUGAUCUUCUUUUCCUAAGCAGAUUUCACCCAAAGGAACAACCAUGUCUGGAACUAAAGGGGGCGGAUAUUCCCAGCAGCAGGUCAACAAAUGCACAGACCCUUGUGCACCAGUGCAAACGUGUGUUGACCCAUGUCAAGUUCAAGCCACUGUACAAUGCAAAGUGCCUGAUCCUUGUGCACCUGUUGACCCCUGCCAGCAACAGGGAGGAGGAUACCAGUCUCAAGGUCAUGGAAGUCAUGGUAGCGGCGGAUACCAGUCACAAGGUCAUGGAAGUCAUGGUAGCGGCGGAUACCAGUCACAAGGUCAUGGAAGUCAUGGUAGCGGCGGAUACCAGUCACAAGGUCAUGGAAGUCAUGGUAGCGGCGGAUACCAGUCACAAAGCCAAGGUGGGGGAUACGGAGGCAGUUGCAAGAAGUAA